AUGGACCAGAAGCUCAAGCACUUCCUCGACAACUCGAACUUCCGCCAGGACAGAAGAAGCAGAAAAAAGAAGGCCUCAGCAUCCAGAGACAUUGCCGACCAGAACCAAGAAGAGAUCCUGAUGAUCAAGAACGGGCACAUUGUUGUCAACGAUGCAAACAUGUAUGUCGACACGCACAAGGUCAUGGAAAUGGAGGUGAUGGAGGACGAUCGGAUUGUGACAUCCUCGACGUUCAGCAAGAAGAAGGGAGCACUGAGAUGGAGCAAAAAGGAAAUAGAGCUGUUCUACAAGGCACUGGAGAUAUGCGGAAUCGAGUUUUCGCUGAUAAGCUCGCUGUUUCCAAACAAGGAGAGGAAGCACAUCAAGGCGAAGUACAUAAAGGAAGCCAAGGUAAAUCCGGAAAGGAUUAACGAGGUGCUGAACGAAUGCAAAACAUUUGAUCAGGUGGCCUACAACAAGCUCAGAAGCUAUCUUCUCGAGUAG